CAGAGAAGCAGACAAAAGGGACAUCAUUUACCUUCCUAAAUUUAUCUUCUUAAAACUGAUAUAUUCCACAGAUAAAAUGAAGCUUUUCUCACAUUUUGUGCUAUUUUCUGCUUUCCUGGUAAAAAUUUGUUUGGGAGAAUAUUCUCUUCCAAAAUUUGUUUGCACCCCAAUGCCUUUAGAUAUGGACUGCCAGCCAAACAUGCAGCGUCGUAGUGCAGGUGUGGGAGGCCACUGGGUGGGCAUGCAAGAAGAAGCGAAGGAAACCAUUCUACAUCUUCGUGAAACAGUUGUUCACCAGAAGGAAACAAUUUUAGAUCAGAGAGAGACCAUCCGAGAGCUUACAGUGAAACUUAGUCGUUGUGAAGGCUAUCCUCACAGUAGAGUGCAUGAAGAAGGCUUUGGUCAUUCUUCUGAGCACGGACAAGAAAGAGAACAUGGGCAUGAGGAAACUACUGGACUUGAGAGUGCACAUGGGCAUGAAAAUGGACAUGGACAUGAAAGAGAACAUGGCCACAAGAGGGAAUAUGGUCAUGAAUGGGAAGAAGGGCACGAAAGAGAACAUGGGCAUGAGUGGGAACAUGGCCAUGAGAGAGAACAUGGACCCAAAAGAGAACAUGGACAAGAAUGGGAAGAGAGGCAUGAAAGAGACCAUGGACAUGAACGAGAACAUGGCCAUGACAGAGAGUAUCCUCAUGGUUAUGAUGAUAUACAUGGAAAUAUCAGAGAUCAUGAAUAUCAUCCUCUCACCCACCGGGAAUACCGGGAACAGCCAGCACAUGACUCACAUUAUCGUAAACCAAGUGCUCCACCAAACACAAUGGAAGACCCUCCAGAGGUUACCUCACCUGGUGCUACUCAAUUGGAAAGAACGCUAGAAUCACUGAAGGACAGACUGGAACAUUUACAGAGAAACAGAAAUUCCACUCUCUUUUCAACAUCUUUAAAAGACACCCUACAAAAGAAGAUCAGUAUCUUGGAACAACAGCUCCAUGAAAAAAGCAACACAACAGAACACAAUGACAAAGACCAUGAAGACCCUGCCAGACACAAGACAGACGGGGCACUACAUUUAAAUGAAAAAGGACAUAAAGCAGAGAAGAAGUCGAAUGAUUUCAGAGUCAGUUUCCCCCUCAGAACGAGUUAUAUGUAUGCUAAGGUCAAAAGGACGCUUCACCAUGAGAUUUUCGCAUUCACCAUCUGCUUGUGGUUGAAGUCCAAUUCCUCUCCUGGCGUGGGCACACCUUUUUCAUAUUCUGUUCCAGGCCAGGCCAAUGAAGUGGUGCUGAUUGAGUGGGGAAACAACCCUAUGGAACUGCUUAUUAAUGACAAGGCUGCAACUCUACCACUGGUCAUUAAUGAUGCUAAAUGGCACCAUGUUUGCAUCACCUGGUCUUCCAGGGAUGGAGUAUGGGAAUCAUAUCUGGAUGGUGUAAGGCGUGGAAAUGGUGAUAGUUUGGCUCCUUGGCACCCAAUAAAACCUGGUGGAGUAUUUGUUUUGGGACAAGAACAGGACACACUGGGCGGAAGGUUUGAUGCUACACAAGCCUUUGUUGGAGAAAUAUCUGACUUUAACAUGUGGAGCCACAUCUUAACUCCUGGUGAGAUUUACAAGUUGGCAACCUGCGCUGCCCAUUCUACUGGUGAUGUCAUAGAGUGGACGGAGUCAUCUAUGGAGCUCCACGGUGGUGUUACCAAACUCCCCUUCAACUCUUGUCAUUGACAUGAAGAGUCCCUCCACAUGCAGCAUGCUCUGAUAGGAAGCCCAGAUAUGGAAUGGGCUCCCAAUACCCCAAUGACUAAUGCUUCAAAUGGAGUAGAAACUAUGAUACAUCAAUGUUUUACCCACAAGUUAAUUAUAUUGUUUUGUUUUACAUUUUUCUUCGGUCAUAAUCUCGUAUUUUCUUAGUAAUUGUGUGUGGUAUUGUGUAGAUGUCAUGCGGUUUGCAUAUACAAGCAGGUAGUGGAAGUGUAUUUUUCUACAACAUGUCUUAUACUGCAACCUAUUUAUUACACACUAUACACACAUUAGAAACAAUAAAAGCACUGACAUAGAGAAAAUUAACUCUAAUGGGAAUGCAGCAGGUAUGUGAGUAUUGGUCUACCUUGUGACCGGCAGAGAACUAUUGUGCAUGUACCAAAGUAAUACUUGGAUAUAUAUCUGUAUUGACGCUUUUCUUACAAUUUUUUGUCCAUGCUUUUAAAAUGCUAUAAAUUGUUUAUAAACAUAUUCAUGAUUUUGUGUCACCAAUUCAAUAAGGGAUACAAAGUGUAAUAUUAGGGUAUCUGUGAGAAGAGAGGAGUUAAUUUACAUCGGAACAGACUGAUACAUAGAUGACAUAUUUUUGCAGCUUUUGCUACAUUCAUCAGUAUAAUAAUCUUGUUUUAUGAGUAUUUGUU